CCCACCUUGCAGUUGAUAAUGUUUGGCCGGGACGAGUCACCUGGUAGUACUAAUCAUGUGACCAUGCCUCUUUUGUUGCAGCUGCUAUUGACUGGCAUUUGGCCUUCAUGCUACGAUAACGUCCUACUUGAAAGAUUUCAACAAAUCGUCAUCCUCUAACAACCCUUGCCUAUAUUUCCGAGCGACGGUUAUGCGAUACAAUAAAAUCCCUCUGACCGAAGACGCCGCGCUCCCUUCCCCUUCUCCCAACAACCACCUCUUGCAGCCUCCGUCUGGCCAGAUCAUUCGACCAAAACCCUCAGCUUCUGCGCCCACGUAUCCCUCGGCCGCGGCAGCCUCUUUGCCUUGAGAAUCUCCUGCAGCUCCAAUGUUAAAUCCACCUCAGGGGGGUCCCACGGAUUGCGGUAAAAGACCACGCGAUACCUGCAGUACAGUAGUUGCCAAGGUGCGGGCUGGCAGGGGUGGUAGGUAUAGCAGUUCAGGCUGGCAGGUCUCAAUAGCAGUUCUCUUGAUUCUUAACUAGCUACUCGGGUCAGGCUAUUCUUAGGUUUAUAGACAAGACAUAGCUCGAGGAGCUACAACAGGGUCAGGGAUGAGUCGGGAGGUUAGGCAGGUUGUGCGUCACGUGCGGGGCGGUCAGGGUCAGCCGUAUGUUUGGGUAGACGGGGUAGGCAGGGUAAGUGUAAGGACUAAUAUCCUUACAACCUUCGCGAUAAGCUUAUCGCGAAGGAACAUCAACUACCCCUGCGAGAAUAGGAUGAGAGAUCACGUGAGAGACUAGGCG